AUGGGUGAACUGUCUUAUACUUCUUAUCGUCUAAUUGAAUAUGAACCGUCUUAUUCCCCUUAUCUUUCAUUUGAACAUUUCUUAAAAAUAAAAAGAGAUGGAACAUACCAAAAAAAAGCACCGAACGCGUACUUUGUAUUUCGAGCAUGCAUCGUGGCAGAAACAAAAUACCUAAAUAUUCCAAUAGGUGAUGCUGUUCAAAUUUCUCGCUUUACCAGCUAUCAUUGGAAAAUGAUGCCUAAACACUGUAAAGAAGCCUAUUAUGAGAUUUCUUCAAAGUUAGAUUCGUUUAUGUUUCCUAACCGUCAACAACAUUAUAAACAAAACAAACCCCUCAAUCGCCACCGUCCGUUUGGAGGUGUUUCCAGGAAACAGCAACGACGAGAAAAAUAUUAUCAAAUUCCCAAUAAUCAGUUCUGUGACACCAUCGGCGAGCAACAUCAGAACGAAUCUGAUCAAAUUUUCCAGCUCGGAAACAUUCUCUGUGAACAAUACCAACAAAUCGAAUCUAGCCAAAUUUUCAAUGGAGUUGUACUCGAAGAGCAACAGCAACAAGAGGAAUUUCAUCAAAUUUCUAAUAAUCAGUUUGAAGUUAUUUUUGGAGAGCAACAACAACAAAAUGAAUCUUAUGAAACUCUCAAUUGUCAGAUUGGAAAUAUUGUCGUAGAGCAACAACGAAAUGAAUUCUACCAAAUUCCCCAUUAUCAGUUUGUAUCUAUUUUCGGGGAGCAACAAUAA